GUUCAACAUAAACUAUGGACACUUGUUUCAAAUUGACUGCGGAUGUGCCGAUGCGUAACAACAUUCGUCAAAUGCUGCUACAAUUCGGCCAGCUUCAACAAGUGUUCGUACCUAAUUUUAAGAGCACGGUUAUAUACGUCAGGUAUAAAGAAGCUAGCUCUGCGCAGGAAGCAAAGAAAGCGUUAUUGAAGUAUCCACAGAUCAACAAAAUAGAAGACUUAGAAGAUUGGAACUUAGACACCUUUUCUACGCCGCAGGAGGUGAAUGAUGUGCGGGGAAGUCCAAUUUCGGGCGAGCAGGACAACGAUUCAUCGUCCGAGGAAGAAAAAAACGAGGAAAUCCUGCAAAGCCUGUCUGAUGGAAUACCGAUGCACUUCAAAUAUCAACAUAGUCUACUAGGCCCUGCACCAUCCGCAUGCCUCUUUUGCUAUAACCCAGCGCCACUAUACGAGUGUUACCGUUGCAGACAAGGCUAUUGUAACGAGAAAUGCCGAGAUGCCGACUGGGAAAAGCAUGUUGAUGAAUGCAAGGCGUUUUUGAUACUAAAACCUCGGGCCCCAACUGCCGAUCCCGUUGACAGCGAUUGAAACGACAAAAUGGUCUCGGCCACAUGUGUUUUAUACAACUACAGAGCUCUAAAUCAGUGCCUGCCUACCUUAUCCAGGUAGCGUUAUAGUAAUAGUAAUGUAUUUCCUAAGAUUAAAUGCAUGAAUUAAAAAUGAAUCAAUAAAAGAGUUUAUAUUCCAAUA